UAUUCUCUGCAUUCUAUGUAUCGGUUGUAGAAUAUGGCAGGAAUUGUGUUGGUGUAAGCUGUGGGCAGAAAUGCCUUAUGAGUAUCCUUCGAAGUGAAGUAUAUGCGUUUUGCUGUUCUUUAAUAUUUGUUGGCAUUUGAUAGGUUAAUAAUAAAAGACAAUAAUGCCAAAUUUUUAUAAAGUUGAAAUCAACAGAACGGAAUGGGAAGUUCCACAACGCUAUCAGAUGCUAACCCCGGUUGGUUCAGGGGCUUACGGCCAAGUCUGCUCUGCUGUAGAUAACAAAAUGCAUGUGAAAGUGGCUAUCAAGAAACUUGCUCGACCAUUUCAGUCAGCUGUUCAUGCUAAACGAACAUACCGAGAAUUACGCAUGUUGAAACACAUGAACCAUGAAAAUGUGAUUGGACUUUUAGAUGUGUUUCAUCCCUCUACCUCACUAGAUGAUUUUCAACAAGUUUAUCUUGUAACACAUUUGAUGGGAGCAGAUCUAAACAACAUAGUGAGGACACAGAAAUUGUCUGAUGAUCAUGUUCAGUUUCUCAUAUACCAGAUCCUCAGAGGUCUGAAAUACAUCCACUCAGCGGGCAUAAUUCACAGGGACUUGAAACCAUCUAAUAUUGCAGUCAAUGAAGACUGUGAAUUGAAGAUUCUGGAUUUUGGUUUAGCAAGGCCAACAGAGAAUGAGAUGACUGGAUAUGUUGCAACGCGAUGGUAUAGGGCACCAGAAAUUAUGCUCAACUGGAUGCAUUAUAACCAAACAGUGGACAUCUGGUCGGUAGGUUGCAUCAUGGCAGAACUUCUUACUGGGAGAACAUUAUUUCCAGGAACAGAUCAUAUCCACCAGCUAAACCUUAUCAUGGAGAUCUUGGGCACCCCCCACGAGGAGUUCAUGCAGAAAAUUUCCAGUGAGUCUGCGCGAAACUAUAUACAGUCUUUGCCCCCACUUAAGAAGAAGGACUUCAAAGAUGUUUUCAAGGGAGCUAACCCACUUGCAAUUGACCUUCUGGAGAAAAUGUUGGAACUUGAUGCAGACAAACGCAUAACUGCAGAAGAAGCACUUGCACACAAGUACCUUGCACAGUAUGCUGAUCCCUCAGAUGAACCUGUAUCUGCCCCAUAUGACCAGAGCUUUGAAGAUAUGGAUUUGCCAGUAGAAAAAUGGAAAGAACUUGUUUACACAGAAGUCAUUGGAUUUGUGCCACAGACUCUUCCCCAAGCAGCACAAGAAACCUAGUCACUUGCUGCAUGUCCAUCGGUUUGUUGCAGAUUUGCCCGUUUGGUCUGUUGUAUUUCUGAAACCAUUUUUGCUUCCACUAAUAUAGCAGGGUUACAUGACAUUCUUCAAUUGUACAGCAUUUAGUUACAGAUAUUCACUUUGAAUGAGCACAACACUUAUGCCAGUGUUGCCCAAACUUGGUUCUGUAACAUUCUGGGGUCUGUAGAUUUCAUUUUAUUAAAAGCUUUUUUAUUGGAAAUUCAGACAGUGGUUCCAUCUCCUUGUAGUCAUCUGACAUCCUUGUGUGCUUGAAACACAAAGGUAGUAUAAAAAAGUCCUUGUGUUAUAUAGAUAAAUCAGUUUGUUCCCUGUUCUUGUAAGAAGCAAAAGAAAACUCCCAAAGUGUAUUAUGUAACUGCGGUUUUAAUUGCACCAGUAGAAAUGUUCAUUGUCACACAGCAAAGAACAGUUUGAAAAUGUUCCUAUUAUGUCACCACUUCAUGGUUUUGAUGUGAUGUUUCAAUGUGAUCUGAAGGGUUCUUCAAUCAAAAAGUUUGGUGAGCACUGAGUGUUGGUUUCAUGAAAGUGAAUAGUUCUGAUGUGUACAUGGAGCUCUUUGAUCUCUCAGAUCACCAUUUUGGUCGAGUUAAUUGCGAACAAUCAUGUCUUAUUAAUCCAUUAUUAACCUUUCUGUUAAUUCUGGUUUUGUAGCAGCUCACUAUAAGGCAUACAAUCAUUGUAACAUUUGUAACCUAAUCACUAGGAUUAUACUGAAUGCUAGAGGUAAUAUUGAUGUCUUAUUUGUUCAUAAUUGUUUAUUUGGUUAUGUUAUACACUGUAUCAACUACUGAGGUUAUGUGGUGUUGAGAUGCAAUUACGAAUAAUGAAUUUCGUGGAAUGUGGGAGGAAGCAGUAAAGGCCACAUUUAAGAUAACUAUCCAUGGAAGGACUGAGGAAACUCAUUAAAAUAUUUUGUCAAGAUGAGUGACAUGCUGGGAUUUAAACGUUACACUACCUAAAUAUGAGACAGAAGAGUUAUUUAAUUCUGAAGGUUUGUGACAGUGGUGUGUUGUUGAAGUGAACUACUUUCUGGACAUUAUCCAUCAUCCCAGAUUUAAUAAAACACAACAUUUUGGAGA